AUGGAAGAUGAUGUCAACAUCACUCUCAAAAAGCCAGGCUCAAAGCUAGAACACCAUGGCAUCAAGAUUGAGUUCUUGGGCCAGAUCGAGACUCACUAUGACCGUGGCAGCCACCAUGAGUUCCUCUCACUGGUGAAGGAGCUGGCACGGCCUGGCGAGCUGCAGCAAAAUAUCAGCUACCCAUUUGACUUCAACCAGGUGGAGAAGCCAUAUGAGUCAUAUGCUGGCUCGAAUGUCCGGCUCAGGUACGUGCUGCGCGUGACGGUCGUGCGCCGCCUGUCGGACCUGGUGCGCGAGAUGGACAUCGCCGUGCACACGCUCUCCCAGUACCCGGACAUGAACACCAGCAUCAAGAUGGAGGUGGGCAUCGAGGACUGCCUCCACAUCGAGUUCGAGUACAACAAGUCCAAGUACCAUCUGAAGGAUGUGAUUGUUGGGAAGAUAUACUUCCUUCUGGUGCGGAUAAAGAUCAAGCACAUGGAAAUCGCCAUCAUCAAACGGGAAACAACAGGGUCCGGUCCGAACACGUUCAACGAGAACGAGACGAUCGCCAAGUACGAGAUCAUGGACGGCGCGCCGGUGCGGGGCGAGAGCAUACCGAUCCGCGUCUUCCUGGCCGGCUACGACCUCACGCCCACCAUGCGCGACAUCAACAAGCGCUUCUCGGUGCGCUACUACCUGAACCUGGUGCUGGUCGACGAGGAGGACCGGCGCUACUUCAAACAACAGGUGACGGCUCGGCUCAGCCGGCGCCCUCGAGAUCACGCUGUGGCGGCGCGGUGA